AUGAAAGUCCUUUUGUGCUAUGCUAGUGUUUUAUUUGCGUCAAUUUUACAUUCGAGGGCCAUAACACUUAAUUCCCUCGGAGCCAAGCCUUCUUCAUACCUUGAAAUUGGUGAUAAUGUUUCGAAUCAAAUUAGUGAAGCAUGGAAAAAUCAUGUAGACUCAUUUAUCGAUGUUGUAUCUGAGAAAAUUGUUGACAAAUUCGAGAAAGAUAUAGAAAAUGAUAAUGUUCCACAUAGUUUAUUAGCCCUUCUUGAGAAUGAUGCAGAAAUAUUUGAUAUCAAUACAUAUGAAGGAAAAGAUAUGGCAUUUAUUCAAGAUGCAUUCAUUAGAAAAUUAAGAGAAAGAUUCAAUAAUAGCAAAUUUGGACAACACACAAAAAAAUUAGGAUCAAAAAUUAAGCAAAAACUUACAAGUCUUUAUAAGAAACACAAAGAUAAGAUAAAGCACUUUUUAAAAAUAAUGCUCAGCAGUUUAGUUAUACCUAUAGCAUUUAAUUAUAUAAAGAAACAUCUAAAUACAUGGAAAAAUAAAACAUUGGAAGCCACCAAUAAACUUGAUGAAGAUGCUAGAAGUGUAGCUACUCCAAUAAUUACUGCUAUAUAUGACAAAUUUGGAGAAAAAAUUGACAAUUAUGUUAAGGAUAAUCAUUUAGAUAUAGGAAAAGAAUUAAAUGUACUUACUGAUUUACAAAAAGAGCAAAAAGAAAUUGAUCAAAUAGAAAAGGAAGAGAAAAAAAUAAUGCAACAAUAA